GCUUUAAAGUUUAAACCCCUAAACCGAAUUGUCUCUUCCAUAAACCAAGCUUCACCCGUAAACCGAAUGGCGAAACCUGACCGGAUCUCACCGAGCCCUAGAGGAGAAAGAGAGCCUGAGGAAGAAACUGGAAUCGUCGGAAAUAACGAAGAUGACGACGAAGACUAUGACGAUGAAGAAGAGGAGGAAGAACCCGAACCUCCAAAAUCCAGAACAAGAGAAUCUCAAGCCCGUGUGGACCGGUUCAAGCUUGAAAACCUGGCUCGAAGAAUGCAGUCCGAGACAGUGCCGCUACGCGUCCACGAUGUGGUCAUUAGGGGAAACACAAAGACUAAGGACUUCUUGAUUGAGGCUGAGACGGCGCCGCUCAGGGAUGUUAAUACGAUGCAGGACCUGCUCAACGCGGCUAGUAUUGUCAAUUUCAGGCUGCAAGCACUUGAGGUUUUUGAUUCAGUGAAAAUCACGCUUGAUUCGGGCCCGCCGGAGCUGCCUGGCACCUCCAAUGUGAUUGUAGAGGUUGUUGAGACACAAAGCCCUCUCACUGGUGAAUUUGGCGCUUACAGCAAAGGGGAGGCUAAAUCUUCAACAUUCGAAGGAUCACUCAAGUAUAAAAAUCUAUUUGGAUAUGGGGAUUUGUGGGAUGGUUCCUUGGCAUAUGGCUUUGACCAUUCAGCUGAGGUAAGUGCUGGUGUGUAUUUACCAAGAUUUAAAGGACUCGUUACUCCUGUGACAGCACGCUUGUCGCUUCUAACUCAAGAUAGACUGAGGUUUUGUUCUUACAAAGAGCGUUUGAUGGGUGUCUCAUUGGGCUUAUUUUCAACCAAGUAUCAUGAUUUGAUGUACAACCUUUCGUGGCGCACCUUAACAGAUCCAUCACAAAUGGCAUCUAGGUCUGUACGGAUGCAGCUUGGGCAUAGUUUACUCUCAUCAUUAAAGUACACAUUCAAAAUUGAUCGGAGAAAUUCAUCAUUGAGACCAACGCAAGGAUAUGCCUUUGUUUCUACCACUCAACUUGGUGGCCUUGCACCUGAUACUCGGAGCUUGCGGUUUCUGCGUCAGGAGUUUGAUUUUCAUUAUGCUGUGCCGCUUGGAUUUUAUCGUGCUGCUAUCAACUUUGGGAUCUCAGGUGGUGUUGUUUUUCCUUGGGGAAUGGGCUUUCUCGACAUGCCUUCACCUCUGCCAGAGAGAUUCUUCUUGGGGGGCAAUUUAUCACCAGUUUGCACCUUGGGAGGCCCAUCUGCUUUUUGGGGCUUUAGGACUAGGGGACUUGGCCCUACUGAGUUAAGAAGGCAAAAUAGAAGUAGUCAGAAUGGUGAAAAUGCCAACAUUGAAGUUGAUUAUCUUGGAGGAGACCUUGCUGUUACUGCUUUUGCGGACCUUUCUUUUGAUCUUCCACUCAGGUGGUGUAGAGAGAAAGGAAUCCACGGACACAUUUUUUGUGCUGCUGGGAAUGUUGCCAAGUUAACAGAAAAUGCACAUGGUAGUUUCUCUUUUCAGAAGUUCGCUGACUCAUUCCGUAGCUCUACAGGAGUUGGUUUGGUUGUCCCAACUUCUCUGUUCCGAAUGGAGUUGAACUACUGCUACAUUUUGAAGAAACUUGAUCUUGACCGUGGGAAAUGUGGUUUUCGGGUUAGCUUCUCUACUUCAUUGUAACUUGUGGAUCUUUUCAUUGAUUUACGAUGUCUGGCGACUCUAAGUGACAUAAAGCCUGUCAGCGCAGGUGUUUGAGUUUUACAUUUUUACCAAAUUUCUCGGAUUAGGCACUGUUAUUUUUUCUCUGCCAAUGUAAUGUGAAUUCUGACACAUGUUGAGGAAGGUUUUUAUCGUGAAAUGCAGGAAUAAGGAAAUAACUAUGAUAUAUGGGUAAUGAUUUAUGAUGCUUUGUUUGAUAUUUUCCAGUUAUGUUUUGUAUGACAUGGCAAAGUUUUCUGAUG